ACCAAACUGAUAACUACACUCGCUUGAACGGAUUGGUAAAUACCAACCCAAAAUGGUAAAUACCAUUUCCAUUUGGUUAUCCGCUUGAAUUUGAUUCAUGUCUAUUUGGUUAUCCGCUUGAAUUUGAUUUAUGUUAAACCAGUAAACGACUGAAACCACCUUAUGGUUAACUUACGCAAGUAAUAGGAAAGAAACAUGAUUUGACAACAGCGUUCAUAAGAACAAAGUUAACCUAACUUUCCAGUGUUUUGGUUUGUGAUUUUGAUUUUAGCCUUCUAUUUUGUGAAUAUGCAGAAAUAUGAAAAAUUGGAGAAAAUCGGCGAAGGAACUUACGGAACAGUUUUUAAGGCGAAAAAUAGAGAAACUCACGAGAUAGUAGCGCUAAAAAGGGUUCGCUUGGAUGAUGACGAUGAAGGAGUACCGUCUUCUGCUCUAAGAGAAAUUUGUCUUCUAAAAGAACUGAAGCACAAGAACAUUGUUCGUCUAUACGACGUCCUACACAGUGACAAAAAGCUAACGUUAGUCUUUGAACAUUGUGACCAGGAUCUCAAGAAGUAUUUCGACAGUCUCAAUGGAGAUAUAGAUUUAGAUGUAGUGAAGUCUUUUAUGUACCAGUUGUUGCGAGGACUAGCCUUCUGCCACAGUCACAACGUGCUCCAUAGAGAUUUGAAACCUCAAAAUUUGCUGAUAAACAAAAAUGGAGAGUUGAAACUUGCUGACUUCGGAUUAGCGAGGGCUUUUGGCAUUCCAGUCAAAUGUUACUCAGCUGAGGUUGUUACAUUGUGGUAUCGACCUCCUGAUGUUUUGUUUGGAGCCAAACUGUAUACCACAUCCAUUGAUAUGUGGUCUGCUGGGUGUAUCUUUGCGGAACUGGCAAAUGCUGGUAGACCAUUAUUCCCAGGAUCAGAUGUUGACGACCAGCUGAGAAGGAUUUUCAAGCUUCUAGGUACUCCUACAGAAGAGACUUGGAGUGGGAUGUCCCAGUUGCCUGAUUAUAAACCAUUUCCCAUUUAUCAGCCUAAUAUGAGUUUAUCACAGGUAGUGCCUAAAUUGGGUAACAGAGGACGUGAUCUGCUACAAAGACUUCUAGUAUGUAAUCCUAUGGGUAGAAUGAAUGCAGAAGAUGCAAUGUCUCAUCAGUAUUUUAAUGAUCUGAAUCCCGCCAUUAAGAAUGAUAGAUGUUAAGAAAAACCCCCAGCAUUUAAGGAAAAACUUUUUAUACAUCUGUAUUUAUAGAUCUGUUCUAAUAAUCACUUUUUGAUAUAAAAACAGUUCUGUAUUUUAAGAAGUUGAUAAAAUGUGUACUUGGUUAUUUAUUUUAAAAUAUACAGAUAAUUUUAUACAUAUGAACCAUAUACGUAUAUGUAUAUAUACAUACUGACUCUAGUCAAAUGUCUUAAAUUAUGUUUUUGUAUUAAUUUAUCCAAGUUAUUAAACUGC